AUGGGUGAGGGGGUGAGGCGUGGAGAGCAGAACAGAGACCCGAGCAUGCCUCUGCCCUCUCUCCCUUCUCUGUUCAGCCACUCCUGUCAGUGGCAGGGCACGAAAGGCCAGAGAAGGGGCUGGAUUGAGGGUAUGGGUGAGGGGUGGCAGGGCACGAAAGGCCAGAGAAGGGGCUGGAUUGAGGGUAUGGGUGAGGGGGUGAGGCGUGGAGAGCAGAACAGAGACCCGAGCAUGCCUCUGCCCUCUCUCCCUUCUCUGUUCAGCCACUCCUGUCAGUGGCAGGGCACGAAAGGCCAGAGAAGGGGCUGGAUUGAGGGUAUGGGCGAGGGGGUGAGGCGUGGAGAGCAGAACAGAGACCCGAGCAUGCCUCUGCCCUCUCUCCCUUCUCUGUUCAGCCACUCCUGUCAGUGGCAGGGCACGAAAGGCCAGAGAAGGGGCUGGAUUGAGGGUAUGGGUGAGGGGGUGAGGCGUGGAGAGCAGAACAGAGACCCGAGCAUGCCUCUGCCCUCUCUCCCUUCUCUGUUCAGCCACUCCUGUCAGUGGCAGGGCACGAAAGGCCAGAGAAGGGGCUGGAUUGAGGGUAUGGGCGAGGGGGUGAGGCGUGGAGAGCAGAACAGAGACCCGAGCAUGCCUCUGCCCUCUCUCCCUUCUCUGUUCAGCCACUCCUGUCAGUGGCAGGGCACGAAAGGCCAGAGAAGGGGCUGGAUUGAGGGUAUGGGUGAGGGGGUGAGGCGUGGAGAGCAGAACAGAGACCCGAGCAUGCCUCUGCCCUCUCUCCCUUCUCUGUUCAGCCACUCCUGUCAGUGGCAGGGCACGAAAGGCCAGAGAAGGGGCUGGAUUGAGGGUAUGGGUGAGGGGGUGAGGCGUGGAGAGCAGAACAGAGACCCGAGCAUGCCUCUGCCCUCUCUCCCUUCUCUGUUCAGCCACCCCUGUCAGUGGCACGGCACGAAAGGCCAGAGAAGGGGCUGGAUUGAGGCCACUCCUGUCAGUGGCAGGGCACGAAAGGACAGAGAAGGGGCUGAAUUGAGGUGGCAGGGCACGAAAGGCCAGAGAAGGGGCUGGAUUGAGGGUAUGGGUGAGGGGGUGAGGCGUGGAGAGCAGAACAGAGACCCGAGCAUGCCUCUGCCCUCUCUCCCUUCUCUGUUCAGCCACUCCUGUCAGUGCCACUCCUGUCAGUGGCAGGGCACGAAAGGACAGAGAAGGGGCUGGAUUGAGGGUAUGGGUGAGGGGGUGAGGCGUGGAGAGCAGAACAGAGACCCGAGCAUGCCUCUGCCCUCUCUCCCUUCUCUGUUCAGCCACUCCUGUCAGUGGCAGGGCACAAAAGGCCAGAGAAGGGGCUGGAUUGAGGGUAUGGGUGAGGGGGUGAGGCGUGGAGAGCAGAACAGAGACCCGAGCAUGCCUCUGCCCUCUCUCCCUUCUCUGUUCAGCCACCCUUGUCAGUGGCAGGGCACGAAAGGCCAGAGAAGGGGCUGGAUUGAGGGUAUGGGUGGGGGGGUGAGGCUUGGGGGGCAGAACAAAGACUCCAGCAUACAUAUGCCCUCUCUCCCUUCUCUGUUCAGCCACUCCUGUCAGUGGCAGGGCACGAAAGGACAGAGAAGGGGCUGGAUUGAGGGUAUGGGUGAGGGGGUGAGGCGUGGAGAGCAGAACAGAGACCCGAGCAUGCCUCUGCCCUCUCUCCCUUCUCUGUUCAGCCACUCCUGUCAGUGGCAGGGCACGAAAGGCCAGAGAAGGGGCUGGAUUGAGGGUAUGGGUGAGGGGGUGAGGCGUGGAGAGCAGAACAGAGACCCGAGCAUGCCUCUGCCCUCUCUCCCUUCUCUGUUCAGCCACCCUUGUCAGUGGCAGGGCACGAAAGGCCAGAGAAGGGGCUGGAUUGAGGGUAUGGGUGGGGGGGUGAGGCUUGGGGGGCAGAACAAAGACUCCAGCAUACAUAUGCCCUCUCUCCCUUCUCUGUUCAGCCACUCCUGUCAGUGGCAGGGCACGAAAGGCCAGAGAAGGGGCUGGAUUGAGGGUAUGGGUGAGGGGGUGAGGCGUGGAGAGCAGAACAGAGACCCGAGCAUGCCUCUGCCCUCUCUCCCUUCUCUGUUCAGCCACUCCUGUCAGUGGCAGGGCACGAAAGGCCAGAGAAGGGGCUGGAUUGAGGGUAUGGGUGAGGGGGUGAGGCGUGGAGAGCAGAACAGAGACCCGAGCAUGCCUCUGCCCUCUCUCCCUUCUCUGUUCAGCCACUCCUGUCAGUGGCAGGGCACGAAAGGACAGAGAAGGGGCUGGAUUGAGGGCAUGGGUGAGGGGGUGAGGCGUGGAGAGCAGAACAGAGACCCGAGCAUGCCUCUGCCCUCUCUCCCUUCUCUGUUCAGCCACUCCUGUCAGUGGCAGGGCACGAAAGGCCAGAGAAGGGGCUGGAUUGAGGGUAUGGGUGAGGGGGUGAGGCGUGGAGAGCAGAACAGAGACCCGAGCAUGCCUCUGCCCUCUCUCCCUUCUCUGUUCAGCCACCCCUGUCAGUGGCACGGCACGAAAGGCCAGAGAAGGGGCUGGAUUGAGGGUAUGGGUGAGGGGGUGAGGCGUGGAGAGCAGAACAGAGACCCGAGCAUGCCUCUGCCCUCUCUCCCUUCUCUGUUCAGCCACCCCUGUCAGUGGCACGGCACGAAAGGCCAGAGAAGGGGCUGGAUUGAGGGUAUGGGUGGGGGGGUGAGGCUUGGGGGGCAGAACAAAGACUCCAGCAUACAUAUGCCCUCUCUCCCUUCUCUGUUCAGCCACUCCUGUCAGUGGCAGGGCACGAAAGGACAGAGAAGGGGCUGGAUUGAGGGUAUGGGUGAGGGGGUGAGGCGUGGAGAGCAGAACAGAGACCCGAGCAUGCCUCUGCCCUCUCUCCCUUCUCUGUUCAGCCACUCCUGUCAGUGGCAGGGCACGAAAGGACAGAGAAGGGGCUGGAUUGAGGGUAUGGGUGAGGGGGUGAGGCGUGGAGAGCAGAACAGAGACCCGAGCUUGCCUCUGCCCUCUCUCCCUUCUCUGUUCAGCCACUCCUGUCAGUGGCAGGGCACGAAAGGCCAGAGAAGGGGCUGGAUUGAGGGUAUGGGUGAGGGGGUGAGGCGUGGAGAGCAGAACAGAGACCCGAGCAUGCCUCUGCCCUCUCUCCCUUCUCUGUUCAGCCACUCCUGUCAGUGGCACGGCACGAAAGGCCAGAGAAGGGGCUGGAUUGAGGGUAUGGGUGAGGGGGUGAGGCGUGGAGAGCAGAACAGAGACCCGAGCAUGCCUCUGCCCUCUCUCCCUUCUCUGUUCAGCCACCCCUGUCAGUGGCACGGCACGAAAGGCCAGAGAAGGGGCUGGAUUGAGGCCACUCCUGUCAGUGGCACGGCACGAAAGGCCAGAGAAGGGGCUGGAUUGAGGAUAUGGUGGCAGGGCACGAAAGGCCAGAGAAGGGGCUGGAUUGAGGGUAUGGGUGAGGGGGUGAGGCGUGGAGAGCUCAACAAGGAGUGUGCAUCAACGAAAGCAGACCCUAUCUGGCCCCAUGCAAAACAGAGCCGGGCGCAGUAA